AGUACCUAAACGGAAACAAAACAGUUGUGUAUUGGCUCUUUAAUUCAGAGUUGCAGGCAAAAGUUUUAUCAGCGACGAUACAAGAUACUUGAAAGAGAAUGUUAUGUUUUUCAAUAUGUCAAAGAUUAAAAUACAUUUAUGUGGUCUCUCUUCUACUACCCAUGCUGAACUCAUCACUCCUGUCAGCAGUAACAAUUGAGUCAUCUACCGAGAAAACAACUGACGGCACAAGUAUAUCCACUUCCGUUAUAAAUCGAAGCAAUAAAUUAAUAAGAAAUCCAACCAUUCCAAAAACUACAAUAAGAGUUGAUAAUCAUAGCAACAGAGAUGACGAAAAAAAUGGGGACCGUUCGAAGCAGUUACUUGUGGCAUUGUCAUCCAAAUCAUACAUUAGUAAGCCAAAUGCAACAUCCCCUACACCGGCUAAACUUACAAAGCGUGCUGGCUCCGCUGCGGAGAUAAAGCAUAAAAAAAUAAGCAAAGAGAAUUUAAAUCGAACGGGAGAUGUUGCAACACGAGGAAAACUCCGUCAAGAAGUAGUCAGUGAAUUUGUGACUGACCACAUUCCAGACUCAUCUGGACAUAUUCCAUAUCGGAUAAGCCGCCCACAUCUAGGACUGUCAGGAUACGAAUCCUCUGGAGUGAGCUCGAGUGCAAAUGAUGGCGGAGACGACUACCAUAAUUUAUCCUUUGAGUCAGAUAAGUGGCCAAGUGACUACUGGGAACGUGACUACAACAAGAAUUUCCUUUAUAACAAUACUCGAGUACACCAUAUUGAAGCGGAGUGUCAGGAUGAUUACAUGAAAAUUCGGAUUGGAUUUAAUGCUACCUUUAAUGGAUUAAUAUAUUCAGCUGGUUAUGCAUAUGAUCCAGAUUGCAUGUAUAUAAAUGGUUCAGGUCGAGAUUAUUACGAGUUUUUUAUUCAGUUGAAUCGCUGUGGAACUUUAGGAAAAAAUGCGCUUCAUGAAGAAAAAAGAAAAAAUCCAACUAACUUUAUGUGGAAUACUGUGACAGUACAAUACAAUCCACUCAUAGAAGAAGAAUAUGAUGAACACUUUAAAGUCACCUGCGAAUAUGGCUAUGAUUUUUGGAAAACAGUAACCUUUCCAUUUUUAGACGUAGAAGUAGCUACUGGUAACCCCGUCGUCUUUACUUUAAGUCCACCAGAGUGUUAUAUGGAAAUACAAAAUGGAUAUGGGAUUGGAGGACCACGUGUCACUGGACCUGUCCGGGUUGGUGACCCGCUUACGUUGAUAAUUUACAUGCGCAGCAAAUACGAUGGUUUCGAUAUUGUUGUAAACGAUUGUUAUGCCCAUAACGGUGCUAACAAAAAGAUUCAGCUUAUUGAUGAAUACGGUUGCCCUGUGGAUGAUAAGCUAAUUUCUAGAUUUCGAGGCUCUUGGUCUGAUUCGGGAAUUUUCGAAACCCAAGUUUAUGCAUAUAUGAAAACUUUUCGCUUUACAGGCUCACCAGCACUAUAUAUAGAAUGUGAUGUACGAAUGUGUCACGGCCGAUGUCCGAGUCAGCCAUGUCACUGGCGCAAUUCGAAAACGGUAUCCAAACGUGAUAUAUCGAAUUCAACAACACUCAAUUUACAAUCAGCAUUAGACUCAACUGCGUCUGAAGUAGAUAAAACCAAUUCAUCACAAAAUGCCGGAAAUAGUUUAGAAGUUGAUAUAAUGACUACUAUAUCGAACUCAGAGAAACAACCUGCUUCGUUAUCGGAGAAUUUGAAUCUGUUUCAAUCAUUACGUGUACUCCAGGAGGGUGAGUCCGAUGGAGAUGGUGUUUACUCACAUUCACGUCGGUUAGAACCUCUAGGAAAUCAAACAUGUAUGAAAACGACUACAUUAUCAGCGUUAACAAUAACGCUUUCUGUAGCUAUGUGUAUACUCUCGGGCACAUUAGUAGUAACUUGCUCUAGGUUAAAGAGACGCAGCAAAGAUGCAUCUUUGUAUGAAACAUACAUUACUCACAAAGGACAAAUUGAUUAAUGACUGUUAAGUAAAUAUGUAAAUAAAUUUUUUUUUCCUUAA